GUGGGCAAGUGGCGGUCUUCUGAGGACUCGUUCGAGGUGCGUGUUGAGCAAGUUAGACGCGGUUUCCGUCUACCACCAGGUGUCAGCCCCUAUUCAGUCUGCUCAGUGGAUUGCCCACGUGGACACUAUCGAUGUGAUAUGUGUCCCGAAGGAGAAGUACCGGAUUCGACGCAGAGUUACUGUGUGCCGAUACCGCCUGUGUCUAUGCAAUGGGAUUCCGCAUGGGCUCUGGUACCGGCUGCUUUCUCACUGUUCGGGUUGGCGUCUACAACAUUCGUCGUUGGCGUGUUCCUGAAGUUUUCCAACACUCCAGUGAUUAUGGCAUCCGGACGAGAGCUUUGUUACUGCAUGAUCAGCGGUAUAUCGAUGUGCUACAUCCUUACGUUCUUCCUCGUCUCACAACCUUCAAUUCCCACAUGUGCUCUAACUAGGGUGCUGAUGGGAUUGUCGAUGUCGGCCAUCUAUGCAGCCAUCAUUACGAAGACGAAUCGACUUGCACGAGUCUUCAAGCCGGAUAGCGCCCAACGACCACGGUUCAUAACCCCUAGAGCACAAGUCGGUAUAUGUGCCUGUAUCGUUUCUGUACAACUGAUCGGCCUCGUCGUUUGGUUACUCGUCGAUCCGCCCGGUACGAAAAUCGUGUUCCCAUCUAGAACGGAGGCGGUGCUGACUUGCAAAGCUACUGCCUCACAUUUGCUCGUCUCAUUGCUGUACAAUCUGUUGUUGAUUGUCGCCUGCACCGUGUAUGCCUUCAAAACACGGAAGAUUCCAGAAAAUUUCAAUGAGACCCGGCAUAUUGGGUUUACUAUGUACAGCACUUGUAUACUAUGGCUUUCGUUCGGACCUAUUUAUUUCGCCACACAGAAUAAUUUUCGAAUCCAAAUCACAUCACUUUGUAUGUGCAUUUCCUUAUCGGGUACGGUGGCACUUGUGUGCUUUUUUGCUCCAAAGGUGUAUAUUGUAUUAUUCCAACCAUAUAAGAAUGUAAGGACGAGGCAAUCGGCUGUUGGACGGUUAGUGAACCAACAAAUGCGGUUCAUGAGGUAG